GUCACCACUCGUCUUUCACGACCCCUCCACGAUUUCAACGUCUGCUUUGCCUUGCUGGUCAAGACACUGCGACUUCCACUUCAACGAAACAAAUCCUACCUAGUUUAAUCUCGACAUCUCUGGCAGAAUGUCCCAAUCCAUCUUGAGAAGCGGAAUGACCUCCCCCCUCCUCGCUGCUGCAAAGCGCCCGUCGACCCCGAGGUCAAUCUUGAAGCGCCCAACCUCGUUGGCCCUCUCCCCCGCAUUGCCCUUCAAUGCGAGCUUCUCGGUCAUGGUCUCACCUAGCGCCAAGUCACCCCAUGUUCAAUUCGUGCAAACCCCUCAACUGGUGGCUACUUUCGUCACUCACUCUUCGGAGGUGUAUGAUCGAGCGCCCAUCAAGGUGUCCCCCAACCCGUUGGCACUCCCCGAGCGCGGUGCUAGGUACUACUCACCCACCAUCGACCACUUCAAGCUCUCCGCACCACCCCCGCCCAAGGCGGCUGCGCUAAGCAGGCUCCAGUCGAUCCUCAAGGCGUCCCAAUGCGCCUCCCCAGCUAUCACAGAGUUCGAGGACCCCCGAUCUCCCCGGGCGGCCGCUGUGCAAGCACCGCCCGUCCAGCAGAUCCGGUUCGCCAGUUUCGCAGCCCCCUCGCGCCAGCCCCAGAGUCUCUCCAAGUCGCUCUCCUCCUACCCUCGCUCUCCGUACCCGUCUGCGCCCCUCUCCCCCGCGGAGCAGAUGAGCACCGAGAUGGAGAGUCGUGGGCGCCGCAUGUCCGAUGUGAGCAAUCUGUCAAGCAAGCCCACACCCGCCAUCAAGCGCCCCGCCCGCCUCCCGAUUCCGCCUUCCCCACUCAAGGCCUCAUUCAAGAGUCCCUCGCUGCAGCGCUCGCACAAGCCUGCACCGUUGGACCUCGAGCCCCCCCAGAGCGCCACCAGUCUCAGCAACGCGUUCUGGGACUCGAUGACCUUGGAGGAAGGUGAUACUCCCAUGGUGACCGCCCUGGAGUACCCCGAAUCGGCCGUCGAGAUGGAGGAGGUCGACCUCAAGUCUCCCGCACCUGUCCUCGGCAACAUCAAGUCCCCCGCUCCCGCCCUCAAGUCCCCUGGUCCUGCACUGAUGUUCGGGACCCAGGACGGCUCGGUGUGGUCACCCAGUAUCCCCAAGAAGCCCGCUGCUCGCGAGGCUUUGUUGAGGACUGCGUUGAUGAGCCCUGGCAAGGCGGCCUUUCCUAAGCCUCCCGCCGCUGGCAAGGUGAAGCACUCGGUCGUCGCUUCGCCCUCGCCUAACGAUCCGUUCGCCUCGUUCCCGUCUUUCGCCGCUGUCCUUACUUUGGACACUGCCUCGCAGGCUUCUGGGCCCCUCGCUUACCCACCCAGGGCUGUCUUGGGAGCGGCGUAAAAUGGACUGAGGAUCGGAUUUUUUGGAAAGGCGGUGGGGGUGGAUUCUCAUUUGGAUGACGGACUAACACAAAACCUUUCUGCUAUCUCCUCUUUCAACCGUGGAUGUGCGGACUACCUAGAGGUCUGGUUUCUUUGGAUUGGAAGGAACAGGCGUCGUUGAAGUACAAUUUCUGAUGAUGUGCGUCAGAUACGAAUAAAGAAUUAAUAGCAGGUUCUUGGUUUUGGGUUUAUUGGAUA